UGUCUUUUUAGAUCUUAGUGGUGGCAGGUCAGGGUGCACCAAUUUCCGAGAGCUUUGGUCCACUGCUUUUCUUUUAUGUUUCUUCUUGUUACGUCUCCAUUAUCUUCUUCACUAGCGUACCUCUCUCUCUUUCUCUCUGUGAAUGAUAGGUUGCAGUUCGGUUCUAAUCGCCAGAAGGAAGAAGUGCCUGAAACUGAAACGCACUCCCUCGAUUUUUUUUACUUCUGCAACCAACCACUUCACUCUUUUCUUAUCGGUAAGCUCUUCACCUCUUUCCCCAAACUGUAAAACUUCUUCUCUCUGAAGUCUGAACCCUUACUCUCUCUCUUUGUUUAUAUAUAAUCUACAUUUUGAUUGAAUUAUAACCCACUUGGGAGAAAACCCAAUUCCUGAUUUGUAUGGAUACCAUCAUCAGUACACACCGUGGGCAUCAAUCCUACCCAUUUCAUUACCUCUCUGAGAAGCCCAUCUUUUCUUCUCUCAAGUCUGAGAAACCAGCAUCUCAAGCCCACCCAAAACAACGCAAAAAGCCAUUUUACCUGGAUGGUCAUGUAAGAGCCUGCAGUGCUCUUUUAGAGCUUGUUCCUGAGAUAAAGAAGGAGAAUUUAGCGUUUGAGCUCCCAAAAUUCGAUCCAUCAUUGAAGAACAUUGUAAUGGACUUAGUGGUUGUGGGGGGUGGACCUGCUGGUCUUGCAGUGGCUCAAUUGGUCUCCGAGGCUGGCCUCUCUGUGUGCUCUAUUGACCCAUCUCCAACUCUUGUUUGGCCAAAUAAUUACGGUGUUUGGGUUGAUGAAUUCGAGGCCAUGGAUCUCUUAGAUUGCCUUGAUACCACCUGGUCUGGUGCAGUUGUUUUCAUAGAUGAUACCAACACGAAAUUCCUUGACAGACCUUAUGGUAGAGUCAAUAGGAGACAAUUGAAAUCCAAAAUGAUGCAAAAAUGCAUUCUCAAUGGUGUGAAAUUUCACCAAGCAAAGGUAUAUAAGGUUGUUCAUGAAGAUUCGCAGUCAGUUUUGUUUUGUAAUGAUGGAGUUACAGUCCAUGCUAAGGUUGUUUUGGAUGCAACAGGGUUCUCAAGGUGCCUGGUUCAAUAUGAUAAGCUUUAUAAUCCUGGGUACCAAGUGGCUUAUGGGAUUUUAGCAGAGGUAGAAGGGCACCCAUUUGAUGUGGAUAAGAUGGUAUUCAUGGAUUGGAGGGAUUCUCAUCUAAGUGGACAGAAAGAAUUAAGAGAGAGAAACAAUAAAAUUCCUACUUUUCUCUAUGCCAUGCCUUUCUCAUCGAAUAGGAUUUUCUUGGAGGAGACUUCUUUGGUUGCUAGGCCUGGUUUGGCCAUGGAAGAUAUUAAAGAGAGGAUGGUUGCUAGAUUUAAGCACUUGGGAAUUAGAGUUAAGAGCAUAGAAGAGGAUGAGAGAUGUGUAAUUCCAAUGGGUGGUCCUUUGCCAGUUCUUCCACAAAGAGUUGUGGGGAUAGGUGGAACUGCCGGUAUGGUUCACCCUUCAACUGGGUAUAUGGUGGCCAGGACAUUAGCAGCUGCCCCAGUUGUAGCUAAUGCGAUAGCUAAGUAUCUUGAUUCAGAAGGAGGAGGCAUGGGGGACGAUUUGUCGGCGAAGGUUUGGAAGGACUUGUGGCCUAUAGAGAGAAGAAAGCAAAGGGAGUUCUUUUGCUUUGGUAUGGAUAUCUUGCUCAAGCUUGAUUUAGUGGGUACAAGGAGAUUUUUCAAUGCCUUUUUCGAUCUAGAGCCUCGUUAUUGGCAUGGGUUUUUAUCCUCACGGUUGUUUCUUCCUGAGCUUUUAUGGUUUGGCCUUUCUCUGUUCUCACAUGCCUCUAAUAGCUCUAGGUUAGAGAUUAUGGCAAAGGGAACUCUUCCCUUGGUCAAUAUGAUCAAUAACUUAAUAAAGGACAGGGAAUAAAGCGGCUUGCAUUUCUUUGUACUGCUGCCUUGAUAUGUUUGUAUGCACAUGUUUUCUAAGGUUUAUCUAUUUCUUUCACUCCCAUCUGAACAGUGUUGGGAUUGAGGGGCUAAUUGUUUUGAGAAAUCAUGAAAUGGCUUUGAGUUAACUUAGCUGGUGUACUACAAAUUUUUGUUUUGCAUUGAUAUAUCCCAAGAUCUUUUAAGAUUC